AUGCUGCCACACCAACCGGUCAACGAGGUGGUCAAGCUCCUUCCAAACUCCACCGGCGUCCGGCUCCUUCCGAACUCCACCGGCGUCCCGCCAAUCACCCCAUUCGGUAUCUUUGUCAUUGUCAUCUAUCCCUCCGACGUCAUCCCCACUGUCUCCCGGUACCGGUCUUCACAAAAACCCGCGAUUGGAAUCGUCCUCGGUGUCGAACAUUUGGGCACGUUAGACCAGUACCUUGGCAUCUGCCAAAUCGGCGUACAUGACCAUCAUACCCGGAUCCUCCUCGAGCACUACAAGAUAACGCACUGGACGUAUUUUCGCCGCGUCCAUCCGGAUACACUACUCAUGUUGAAGUUUGCCAAAGGGCCUGCUCAACAGUUGUGUGAUGGCAUGGCCCUAUGGGUGGCCACCCUCCAGAAGAACCGGCGAGAAAUCAAAAACGAAGUCGAAUACGCCUCCAAUAGAUAG